AUGGGCUGUUGUAGUAGUUGUUGUGGUGGCAGUUGUAGUGACUGUUGUAGUGACAGCAAAAUUGAUCGCAAGAAGUAUCCAAAUCUGUACAAAGCGUCUAAAAUGACUAAAACAGCGUUUCAUCGCUCGGACAUCACUAUACAGACAGUGAAGAAGUUGACGACUAGAGCGCAACAGGAUAUGGCUAAAGCCAAGAGUCCAGAGGGUGUUGUAGAGAUUUUUUCGCCGCCGUAUAGUGUGGUCGAUAAGAUCACAGACAAUGUAUAUUUGACGGGCGCUGGAGGUAUGAUACGCGAGAAUAUAGUGAGCCUCAAGAUCUCAUGCAUUAUUAACGCCACGUAUGAAGUGCCCAAUUAUGACGUUAAAGGGCUCGAAUGCAUUAGAGUUCCCAUCGACGACACGCCCGAAGACGACAUUUCUCUCUAUUUGGAAGAAGUGGCGGACAAACUGAAUGAAGUGGUGUCUAAGAAUCGGAGAGCUAUAGUCCAUUGUGUGGCCGGAAAGAGUCGCUCCACUUCUCUGGUUUUGGGCGAAAACAAAGAGAUACCAGACAUUUAUGCGGAUCUCUUCCAAGAAAUGGCUUUAUCGACAGCAAUGGAAACCAGAGAUGCGGCCAAAAAGAAGAGCAUUUAUGAGUUGUCCGGAAGGAGUCGUUUGGCCUCAACUACAGAAACUUAA